AUGAGUUGGGGGGAGACGUCGUCGAGCUCCAAGGCGGCUGCUCCGCCGGCCAUCCGCCUCGUCAGCUUCGUCUCCGAGGAGCAGCUCGACGAGGCGAAGCGGUCGAGAGGGGAGCGGGUGGAAGACGGCACCGCCCAGCGCGACAAGCCCCUCUUCCAGAUCCUGCAGGAGAACAAGGAUAAGAAGGAUGCCGAGUUCAAUGAGCGCUUCAAGCACAGACCCCCAAAGGCUUUGGAUGAGGAUGAGACAGAGUUUCUUGACAAAUUGGCUUUGUCAAGGAGAGAAUAUGACCAGCAGGUGGCCAAUGAAGAAGCUGAACAACUCCGUAGUUUCCACGAGGCUGUAGCUGCCCAGUCCACUAUUGCUCAUGAACUUGGUGAGAUGCCUACAGUCUCUAUGCCUGAGGAGAGCAAGCCUAAACCGCCUUCUAAGAGGAGCCAGCCUGAGUUCCUGAGAAACAUUACAGUUUCCGUGAAGCCACGAGCCAAGAAGGCAAAAUCUGACGCGGAAUGUAAGCCUGCUCCUAAGGAGUUGGUGCCUUCGAAUGGGCAUGAUACAAACCAUGAGCCACAUGGUGACACCAAGAGCAGCGUGCUUGGCUCUCUGGCUGCAUACGGGGACGACGACGACGACGAUGAAAGUGGCGAUGAACGAUGA